AUGGCAUUCACCAACUUUGAGAUCUUUGCUUUGGCUUCUACCACAGAUACAGGCAAGACAGUGGAGACAUCACCUUGUUACUUGCUCACAGUAGAAGUGAUAAGGGCAAAGAAUCUCCGACGAGCAGAUAUCUUUAGCCACACUGAUUGCUACUUAAUGCUGUGGCUUCCAACUGCUUCUUCCAUACAUUUCCGAACAAAGGCUGUUGAAAAUUCCAAAGACCCAGUCUGGAAUGAAACUUUCCAUUUCAUGGUUCAAAGCAAAGUGAAAAACGUGUUGGAGCUCAGUGUCCAUGAUGAGGAUAACAUUUCCAGAGAUGACCACCUUUUCACUGUGCGCUUUGAUAUAGCUGGACUCCCACUAAAUGAAAAAGUUCUCAUGCAGUUCAAGUGCAAUCCAAAAUCUCGCCAGGUUUGCUGUUUGGAAUAUGAGGUGCAGGGGAAAAAAGCUCAAAAAUCAAAGCAAAAACUAUCCUUUAUGGUAAAAGGAUCCCAUGAAGGGCAUCAUGAGUGUAGUCUUGGUUCUGAUUUUUGUAUCAGUCCUGCAUGUCAGUCUGCAUUCCAUUACGUGAAAUAUAAGCAACCAACACUGGAUGUUAAACUACCAAAGAAGGAUCUAGACUACGUCUUUGGCCCAUGUGCCUAUAAUAGAGAAGAAGGAUCCUUGCAAGCACAGAUCAGUUCACUUCCUACAAAGAAGAAGAUAAUGCUAGCAGAGAAUAAUGAAUUUUCUUUGCAUGUGAAGACAGAGGACUGUCAGAAUGUCCUAGAUGUACGGUUGGGGUAUGACCUGUGUUCACAGGAGCAAGAUUUCCUUGACAAAAGAAAGAAGAUUGUGGCUGAGGCACUGAAAAAAGUUCUUGGACUAGAAAGGGACCUACAGGACCAUGAGAUUCCUGUUGUGGCAAUCAUGACAGUAGGCGGUAGUACAAGAUCACUGACAGCAUUGUAUGGAAGCCUACAAGGUCUUAAGAAGUUAAAUAUAAUCGAUUGUACUACAUACUUGACUGGUUUUUCUGGCACAACAUGGACUAUGGCGAAUUUGUACAAAGAUGCUUAUUGGUCACAGAAGGAUCUGGAUGAGCAAAUCAACAAAACUAAAAGAGACAUGACCAAAUGCAAGGCAAAUGGCUUGUCCAUAGAGUGUCUGAAAUAUUACAACAGGCAGCUGUGUCAGCGGAAACAAGAAGGACAAAAAACAUCCUGUAUAGACCUAUGGGGGCUCCUUAUUGAAUAUCUGUUAAAUGAUGGGGAAGACAACCAUAAGCUCUCUGAUCAACAGCAAGCAGUGAAUGACGGUCAGAAUCCUUUACCCAUCUACGCUGCAAUCAACGUGAAAGAGAAUUACAGCACUAUGGAUUUCAAAGAGUGGGUUGAGUUCACACCCUACGAAGUUGGUAUACUGAAAUAUGGAGCUUACGUUCGGACUGAAGAUUUUGGAAGUGAGUUCUUCAUGGGUCGCCUGAUGAAGAAACUUCCAGAAACUCGGAUAUGUUACCUGCAAGGCAUGUGGAGUAGUAUAUUUUCCCUGAAUCUCAUGUAUGUCUGGAAUUUAUCUCAUAGUUCAGAGGAUUUCUGGCACAAGUGGACUCAAGAUCAAAUAGUUGACAUUGGUGAAGAGGAUCAUCUACCUACAAGGGCACAUGACCAAAAGUCACAUCUAUACACCCCUGCUGGACCCCUCUCUAGUGCUUUAAGAGAUGUUAUCACUGAUCGCCUAUCGGUUGCCCAGUACCACAAUUUUCUCAGAGGCCUACAACUGGAUAACAGCUACCUAGAGCAAAGCAAUUUUCAUAGAUGGAAAGAUACUGUACUAGACUCUUCUUCACCUAACCAGCUGACCCAAUCAGAAGAAUACUUGUCUCUUGAAGAUGCUGGAUUCUUCAUUAGUACUAGCUCAGCACCUCUGCUGAGACUAGAGAGGAAGGUGGAUGUUAUCCUGCAUUUAAAUUACAGUGCAGGAUUACAAACACGGAACCUGGAACAGACAUGCAAGUACUGUGCAGAGCAAGGAAUCCCAUUUCCCAAAGCUGUACUAAGUGAAGAGGACAAAAACAGUCUUAAGGAAUGUUAUUUAUUUGAAGACGCAGAGAAUUCAGAAGCACCCAUAUUAUUAUUUUUUCCACAAGUGAAUGACACCUUUCGCUAUUAUACUUCACCUGGUGUAAAACGCUCUGAAUCACAAUUGAAAGAUGGCAAAGUUGAUCUCUCUAGUGACUCUUCUCCCUAUUCCACAUAUUCGAUGACAUUUCAUCCUGAAGAGUAUGAUCGGCUGGUGAAACUGAGUGAAUACAAUAUUUUGAAUAACCAACAUCUGAUCUUACAAGGCUUGUGCUCGGCAGUAGAACGGAAAAAAAAAGUGCAAGAAAUAAAACCUUCUGAGCAUCGUGAUGCAUAG